AUGACGCGCCUUGCAACCGCCGCCGCUGCCGCCGCCGCCGCCGCGGCGCUGGCCUGGCUCGCCCUCAAGCUCCGCGAGGAGGAGAAAGAGGAGCCGCCUGCCGGGACAAGAAAGUUUCCGACGCAUCCAUCAAUCAAGCUGCCUCUGGUGGGGCAGCUGCUGAACACCUUCAAGCUGUCGACGGACAACCAGACGUAUGGCCUCUCGCGAUUCGGCUUUCUCGGCGGCAUCGACGGCUGCAGCGAAUGCGACUUCGGCUUCAUCAAGUUUGCAAUGGUCUACUCGCACGAGGCCAUGAAGCAGAUCUACACCAACCAUCCCUUCCAGAAUGGCGGCAUCUUCGAGGCGGUAGGAUUCACGAAGGUGUACGACAACCUCCCCGGCAUCGAAGAGACAAAGUACCUCUUUGGGAAUGGCCUGUUCAUCGCGUCGGACAACGACCGCUGGUGGCCGAUUGCGCACCGGAUCCUGCUCAAGCCCUUCUCGCGGCAGGGGAUGAUGCAGAUGGUGCCGCUGAUGAACGAGCAGGCGGACCUGCUGGUCGGCAAGCUGCGGAAGGACCUAGGCUCCGGUGUCGGCCCGCUGCGGAUCUACGACUACACGGUCAUGAUGGCCGUCGAGACGCUCGGCACCUGCCUGAUGGGCAUGUCGUUCGAGUCCUUCUCGGGCGAGCCGGUGCCGUUCCUGCAGCACCUCAAGAACUGGCUCGACAUCAACGCGGACAUGGGCAACAUCCCGCCGCAGCUCUGGCGGAGAGACGCCCCGACGGAGGCACACACCCGACGGCCUCCGAGAGGCCUCUUGGCCGGCCUUGCUCAGGCGUACACCAAGGACCUGCUCGCGCGGAGGCGGCGGGGCGAGACGCAGGCGCUGUCCAAGUGCCCUGACCUGCUCGACUGCAUGCUCGAGACGGCAGACACGCUCUCAGGCGAGAAGCCGCCAGGGCGGGUUGGCGAGAAGCUGCCGGACGAGGUGAUCGGGCAUGAGCUGAUGUCGUUCCUCUUCGCGGGUCAGGACUCGACCGCCGUCGCCCUCUCCUCUUUCUUCUGCUUCGUCGCGGCUAACCCCGCGGCGCAGGCCAAGCUGGUGCUCGGCGACGAGCCGGAGGUCAAGUGGGCGCACCUCAACAAGCUCAAGUACCUCGACUGGGCCAUCAAGGCGGAGACUCCCCCCCCCCCCCCCCUCUCCCCCCUCCCCUUCUCUCCCCCGCCUCGCCCGCACAACAUGCACCUCUCAGCGCCCCCCCGGCCGCAGGAGACCCUCCGGCUCGUGCCGCCCGUGCCCGGUAUCUUCAAGCGGAACGAGGUGGUGGAGGCGCUCAGCGCGGGCAAAGGCAAGACGCCCUUCCACCUCCCGAAGAAGACCAACCUGCUCCUCGCCUUUCUGCCCCUCCACCUCGACCCGGCGCAGUGGGGGGACGACGCACACGAGUGGAAGCCCGAGCGGUGGGCCGAGGGCGUCCCCCACCCCUUCGCCUACGCGCCGUUCUCGCACGGGCCGCGCGCGUGCAUCGGCAAGGAGUUCACGCUGACCGAGCAAAAGAUCUGCGCCGUCAAGCUGCUGCAGCACUUCAUCAUCCAGAAGGCGGCGGGCGACUGGGCGAAGCAGCCCGGUGCGACCAAGCUCAAGGAGUCGGAGUGGCCGCACUACCCCGCUUGCUCGCCCCACUACGGCGUCGACGUGGAGUACAACCCGAAGCAGGCCUUCACCGGCAUAAACAUGCCUCUCGAGCUGCACCCGCGCCCGCAGCUGCACAAGCCGGAGGCGGCCAAGAAGGCGGAGGCUGCGGCGCAGCCGGCCGUCGUCUUCAGCCUCGACGAGUCGAGCCAGGGGCACGCCACGCCGCUCUCCAUCCUGUACGGCUCCGACGGCGGCUCCACGACUGAGCUCGCCGAGCGCCCGCUCAACGAGGCCAUCGGCGACCCGGCGCUCGGCACGGACGGGCUGCUGCUCGUCCUCUCCGCGACCUACAACGGCUGCCCGCCCGCCAACGCCGGCGAUUUCGUCAACUUCUGCGGCGCGGCGAUCGAGAGGCACGAGAGGCCUGUGGACGCUCGCUUCGCCGUGCUCGGCUGCGGCCACUCGGAUUGGGCAGACACUUUCCAGGCCCGUUCCCCCGGCGCGGCGAUCCCGACGCUGCUCGACGAGUCGCUCGAGAAGAUCGGAGGCCACAGGCUGCUCGACCUCCACACGGCAGACUCGAAGAAGGCGCCCGAGGAGGACUUCGUGGCGUGGACCGCCAAGCUGUGGCCCGCGCUGGCAGCGGCCGCCGGCAUCAAGCUCUCGCAGCGUGCGGGGUCGGCUGCGAGCCGGCCACCCCUCGCCAUCCCGGAGGUGUCGGUGGUGCCGGCCGAGGAAGAGGGGCACCUCUCGGAGACGCCGCUCGUGCUCCCCUUCCAGCGGGACGGCGAGUGGGUGCUCGCAAAGGUCGCCGAGAAGAGCGAGCUGACACCAAACGACCCGGACGGCACCUCGACUGUUUGCCUCGCCCUCGAGGCUGCCGUCCACCCGUCCGGCGACGCACCGCUGCGCUACGCGGCUGGCGACCACCUCAUGGUGAUGGCGGAGAACGCCCCGGCGCUUGUGGCGACCCUCCUCAAGCGGAUGGGACUCGACAGCAGCACGCUCGUCACCUUUCCGCGCGGCUUCUCCGCCAAUGGCGCCAACGGCGGCGGCGGCGGCGGCGGCGGCGGCGGUGGCGGUGACGCAUCCCAUCCGAAGCUUGGCCGCUCGCUCUCGGGGCGGCUGAGCGGCGCCAGUGCGGGAGCGCCGUCGCCGCUGACCGGGAAGCCGCGCGCCGUCUCGCUCGAGGCGUUGCUGCUGCGCUCGGUCGACCUCGUGCGGCCGUGCUCGGCAGCGGCGCUGAAGCUCCUUGCCGAUCGCGCGACGGACGAGGACGACCGCACGCAGCUGAGCAUGGUCGACCUGGUGGCGACCAAGGCGACGGUCCUCGAGCUGCUCAUGUCGGCCAAGUCGGUCAGCCUCUCCGUCGCCGAGCUGCUCGCCUGCCUCGCGCAGAUGAAGCCGCGCUACUACUCCAUCUCGUCAUCGCCCAACGCAAAGGGGGGCUCCGCCGGCCGCGCCACCAUCACCGUCGGCGUUGUCGACGCCAUCUCGCCCACCGGUCGCAAGCACCGCGGCGUGGCGUCCAACUACCUCAAGAAGCGCUCGGUGGGGGACCUCGUCUGGGUGCGCACCAAGAGCGUCGGCCUCUCCUUCCGCCCGCCGCCGCCCAACUCGCCCGCCAUCAUGGUCUGCGCCGGCACCGGCCUCGCCCCCUUUGUGGGGUUCCUCGAGGACAUGGCGGCGGGCGCUGCGGGCGGCAGCGGCACCUCGCACCUCUUCUUCGGGUGCCGCCGGCCCGAGCGGCACCUGCACCGCGAGCGGCUCGAGGGCUACGUCUCGGAUGGCACCCUCGCCGCGCUGCACGUCGCCUACUCGCGCACCGGCGAGCGCAUCUACGUGCAGGAGCUCAUCAAGCGCGAGGCUAAGACGCUGUGGCCGCUCCUGCAGGGCAAGGCCCGCGUGUACGUGUGUGGCGACGCGGCACGUAUGGCGCCCGACGUCAAGCGGGCCCUCAAGGCGGUCUGCAGCAGCGCGGGCGGCCUCACGGAGCAGAAGGCCAGCGCGUACAUCGACCAGCUCUGCGCCGUCGGCCCCAAUCAGCGCUACUUCGAGGACGUCUGGGCGAGCGGCGCUUGAGGGGGUGGCGUGAUCUGCGACGCCCCUGCGCCGGCGCCGGCGCCGCGGACAGUCGAGCAGUUGCGCGUGGCGGCGAGAUGUGAGCAGCAGAGGCCCAUAACCGGGCGGAGAGCGGAGGAGAGUCAGCAGUGCUGAGGGCGGCAGCGAACCGCCGGGGCCGCGUCGCGUUCCUCGGAGACAGACGCACGCUUUCUCUUUUCUACACCGUACAAAUCUAC